AUGGAUGGUGAGGAUGAUCUGGACAUUUUGACGGCGCUCCUGGAUGAGAGCGAGGACAUCGCCAAAGUCCGAGCCGAUCAGGAGCAGGCGGACGACUUGGAUGGGCUGUUCGACGAGGACGACGAAGAGUAUCAGGAGGGGAAGGAAGUGUCCGCAGAAGAUGUGGUGUCAGAUCUUUUCGGAGAUGUCGACGACAUUGAAAAUGAGGAGAAAACCUCAGAAGAACAGGCAGAAAGGCCUGAGAACCUGAACAGGUCUAAAGAGGAUUUGCGAGAGGAGUUGAGGCGAAUGCAGGAGCAGAUGCAGAAAUUACAACAGCAGCUGGAGGCGAACCAGAAAGGGUCAGACGCUAAAGUCUGUACUAAACCAGCACCAACACGACCGUCCAAACCAGUUCCAACCAAACCACACGCAGCAUCGUCAUCACCUCCAGUCAGAGAAGGAAGCUUGAAGCUCCAGGAGUCCUCAGAUUUUUCCUCUCAGCUCAACAACGCAGACUCGUUCAAACGCAAACCCAGACUGGCUCACAAACCCAAAGCAUCAUCACCAGAGGGCAGAAAACCACCGGUGGAGGUAAAGGUUGGCAGCUCCUUCCAGCCGUUGGACAGAACCAGGGAGGCCUCGGACCGUCUGCUCACGUCUUCCUCCCACGGCAGACCUGCAUCAGCAGGACCAUCGAAACCUGCCGCUCCGCCUCCUCUCCCCAAAGACGUGGCUGUGGAGAAAUACUCCGGCCUGCGCCUCAGGAAGCCGCUGGUUUCCUCCUGCGAGAUGGACCGUAAGAUGGCCGACCGCCGGCUCAUCCGUCUGUCGCAGGUGCCGGAGCGUCUGACACGAGAGAAGCUGGAGGAGAGCGACUGGGUGACGUUUGCAGUGUUGGUUAACAAAGUGACGCCUCAGAGCAACAGCAGCGGAAAAACGUUCAGCAUCUGGAAGCUCAGCGACCUCCACAACCUGGACGUGUUCGUUUCUCUCUUCCUGUUCGGCGACGUCCACAAGGAGCACUGGAAGAGGGACUCGGGCACCGUCAUAGGACUCCUAAACCCCAACCCGAUGAAACCGAGAGACGGGAACGACGGGGUGAGCCUGACGGUGGACCACCCGCAGAAGGUCCUGGUUCUGGGUGAAGCUCGGGAUUUCGGGACCUGCCAGGCCGUGAAGAAGAACGGCGAGCCGUGCUCUCAGAUCGUCAACACGUACGAGUGCCAGUACUGCCAGUACCACGUCAAGGCCCAGUACAAGAAGAUGAGCUCCAAGCGAGCCGAGCUGCAGUCGUCCUUCUCCGGAAAAGCCCCCAGCAGGGUGAAGGGGAAGGGGGGCGGCCUGAGGGAGCGCCUGUGUCAGGACGGUUUUUACUACGGGGGGGUGUCCUCCGCAGCCUGCGCCUCCUCCCUAACCGCCGCCAAGCCCAAAACUCCCACCCAGAGAACUCUGGACCAGCUGUUCGUGAGAGGCUCCGCUCAGCUCCUCGGUCAGGCCAAGAGAAUCGCGGUGCAGUCCGGUGAGGUUUCCGGUUGUUCCGAUGAAUUUAAGACGCUGCUGUCGGUGCCGACAGCCGGCGCUCUGCAGCUGAAGAAGCACCUGACUCAGAACCGCCAAUCAGUCCAGAAAGACGAGUCUGGAGCGCCGCUUCAGUCCAUCUCGGCCUCCGAUCUCCUGAAGCAGCAGAAACUGAAGCAGCGCGAGCUCCUAGAGAGCCGGCGGCAGAGAACGGAGGAGAGGAGGGUCCAGAACCUGAGCAGAACCGGACCCAGUUUGGGUCCAGGUGGUUUAUCGUCUCCGAAAGCCGAGAACCGCGACCCCGAGACAAUCCCGGCGGAGCCUCGCGCCCCGACCCUGGGCCGAGGUUUCUGCGAGGGCGACGACAUCCUCUUCUUUGACAACGGCCCGCCUCUAGCUCCGCCUCCCAAUGCUCCCAGCCUAUCAGCUGCCAAGAUGGCCGCGCUGAAGAAGCUGCGGGCCAAAGGAAGCGGGCUGGAGAAGGAAGACCCCAACGCUGUGAAGAGGAAGAGGAGCAACAGCAGCGAGAUCAGCACGCGAGUGGAGAAGAACCGGACCUCCCCCAACGGUACCGAAGCAGGCGGCGAGGAGGAACCGGCCCAGAAGAAGAAACGAGACCAGCUUCACUACGUCCAGUCCGAGGAGUUCCAGAAGAUCCUCAACGCCAAGUCUCGACACGGGACGGUCCUGCAGGCGGCCGAGUACCAGCUGCAGGAGAGAUACUUCAACGUCCUGGUGAAGAAGGAGCAGCUGGAGGAGAAGAUGAGGGGGAUCAGGGAGAUGAAGUGUCGAGCUGUCACCUGCAGAAAGUGUAACUACACCUACUUCAAGCCGGCGGAUCGGUGCGUGAACGAGAACCACGAGCUGCGCUGGCACGACGCCGUGAAGCGUUUCUUCAAGUGUCCCUGCGGACAGAGGGCCAUCGCCCUCGACAGGCUGCCGCACAAUCACUGCAGCAACUGCGGCCUGUUUAAAUGGGAGCGGGACGGGAUGCUGAAGGAGAAACAGGGGCCGAAGAUCGGAGGAGAACUUCUCCAGCCUCGAGGGGACGAGCAGCCCAAGUUCCUCAACAGCAUGAAGUGAUGUCUGAAGAAAAAAAGAACAUUAGAGUCUUCAUCAAGGCGACUUGUUGGUUGGACUUUUCAAUUAGAACUAAUUAUGUUUUAAAGUUGGUUUUUAAGAUCGCUCAGACUUCUGAUGUAUUUGCUGUAAACGGGAUGAUUAAAGCAACAA